AUGCUCGAACGGGCGGCCGGCUGCCUCGAGAGCGCGGGACGGCGUUUCCUUCGAGAUCCCAACGGCACUAUUCGAUCCCGAAGGAGUUUGUCUCGCCAUUUUUGGAAGCAUAAUGCCGCCGGAGGGGAUAUUGCGAGCUGUUUUGUCGCGUUAGUGCUGCCGCCACAACCAUCCUCGACUUCAGCUUUUCUGUCUCCCGCCGAGAGCAAAGCUUCCAAAGAUGGAGGCUCGCCGUUCCUCGAUUUUCUCUACCCGCAAAGAACGCAGGAAUUUGCAGUAUCACGUCUAUCACGCCAAUCAAAGCGACUGGCAUUGCGCCGGAGGAAAAGAACCGUGGUUGGCUUCUCGAGACCGUAUACGUCGAACGCUUCGUCCCCUACCAAGCAAAUCCUUGUCGAGGAUGCUCAUGCGAACGAACCGAGCCAGCAGACGGUGGGAAUGGAAGCAACCAGAUCUUCCAAGGGUUAUUUGAUAAAUUUGAUGGAAAAACAGCAGGCAGAGUUUGAUCGAGCCUGGGUGCUUUAUAUCGCCGCUGGAAGACCAUCCGAUUGCCGUUCUGCGCUAUGUGCCUAUCUCAGUAGGUCGAAAGAUACUCUCGACCGAGAUCGGACCUGGGAGGCAUUUCAAGGAAUACCCGAGGAGAUCCUUUCGGAAGACGACUUUUUGCGCGCCGCCGAGUCUCAACUUGGUUCGCGAGACCCCUCGAAGCUGAUAUCCCUAUGCGACCAAGCCCUUGAACGGGGAUACGGGUCUAAGUGUUGCACAUUAUCAUUCACGCGCUUUUGGAAAGCUCGUAAUUGGAGGCGCGCUCUGGAAAUUUGGCGCUUGGUGUCACAAUACACAGAGCAGGUGUCUGAGCCGCCACACCGUAUAUUAUUUAGUGAACUUGAACAUGGAAGGCUUGCUUGGGACGCUGUGGCAUUUGGAAAAUUCGUCAUGCGUGAACAGAGUCAUGACUCCCGCUAUCUCGCCGAUUUCCUUCUUGGUCACAUUUUCCGCUACUCUUACAUGCUCAGAUCUGCCUCCACUGGUGUACUAGUGGAGUUGUUUCGGAUCUAUCAUGACUUGGGCUUUCUUAAGCCUGAGCACUACCUUCACACAAUCACCACGUUUCAAGCGAGCGAUGCAAGAUCGAUUUUCGUCCGAACAAUUGUGUUUUACCGCAUCAUGCGCCGACAUAUGCCGGAGACGAUACCUCCUCAGUCGUUCUUCAGUGCUCAGUUAAGAGCGUUUGCCUCUUUUGGAAUAACUUCCGGAGUGCGAUUCUUCCUGGAUGAAAUGAGGCAAUUCUACGGAAAGCCUCAUCCUCAACUGUACAAGGAUGCUAUGCAAUCGUUUGCACAUGCCGGUGACGUGGAGAAGGUUUACUUUUUCUUCGAUAAGCUUGUUGAAGACCAUGGGCCACCGCGCAGUCGGAAAUUGGUGACUCCGCUUCUCGAUGUCCAUGCAAGAAUCGGAAACGUCGAGGAGACCACGAAACAGUUUGAGAGGAUUUCUGAGGAAUUCCAUCUUCAGCCCAAUACCGUGUGUUGGAACAUUCUUCUCAAGGCGUAUGCCAAUGAAGAAAACCUGGCUGGCGCCCUUUCGAUAUUCUCGAAGAUGCAGCAAGCCGGAGUUUCCCCCAGCCCUCACACGUUCGGUACCUUGAUGGCUCUCUUUGCCAAACGGGGAGACAUUGAUAACACUCGUCAUUUGCUCAAAGAGGCGGAGCGUUACGAUGUGGAGAUCACGAUGCCCAUGCUAGACAUGGUGGUCCAGGCGUAUUGCGCGAACGGAUUGUUGCCUCAGGCUGAGCAAUUUGCUGUCGCGUGCCAGGAAUUCAAAGUCCAAGGUUCACCUCUAGGCAUGUGGAACACACUUCUGUUUCAAUAUGCAUUUAGAGUGGACUUUGUGGCUAUGAAUCGGAUCUGGCAGCACAUUAAAUCAGCCGGGAUUCGCCCAGAUGCCAUCUCCUACGCAAGCCAUAUGCUCGCUCAGGCUCUCGUUGGCAAAACGGAUCGAGCACGAAAGACCCUUCGAGACCUUCAUAAGAAGCGAGUCCUUCAAGCUACAGACCUUCACUACGCGAUCAUCCUGUACGGAUAUGUGAAGAGCCGCAACCGAACCAUGGUACAAGUCAUAUUCAACGAGAUCGAGGAGCGAUUUGGUCAACCUGGGGCCCGAUCCAGCCUUUUGGAGCUCAGAGGCCAGAUCGAGCACGAUCUGGAAACCCAGGCAGAUUCUUCUAAGCCCGGCGCCGAUCUCCGUUUGAAGAAUGCCGAGCAAACUCUCCUGAACUCUCUCACGUCGAUCGACCGCCUAACAAAGAGCAUCAGGCUUUCCUCGUCAAAGGCUCAUCCCAGCGGCGCUUUCCAGGACUCAUACUAUGCCUACCGUAUUAAGAAUUUUGGCUUGAAUGGUGCGAUUGAUGAGGCCCGAAAGCUGUUCCAGGAGUACAUCGACACGAAGAAGACCAUUGGCUCUCGCGAAACGGGAUCCGAAUCCGCUCCGAUCCGCCUCAUUGCUGCUAUGAUGCUGGCCCAUUUGAGAGCAGAACAAUACCUGGAGGUGGAGGAGUGCUGGCAACUCGCACUCACCAACACUGUCAAGAUAGCGAGCCGAGUGGACCUCGAUGAACUUAUGCGUGCCGAGUCGUCUCUUAUGACGGACAUUGUUGCCAUGGAGCCGUUGUCUGAGGGUGACCAGCCACUAUCGCCCUUGGGUCUCGACGGCCAAGAAGAGCUGGCCGACUCACCCGACGAUGGCGUGUCCUACUCACACCGGAGAUCUGAGAUAAUCCCGUCACAACGCUUCACCCUUUCGCGCCCCCUUUCCAUUUACAUGCGAGCUUUGGCCUAUCAGAAUAAAACCGAUCAGAUCAUCGAAGUGGUGGCCAAAUUUGAAGAUGCCGGUUUCCGGCUAAGCACUUUUAAUUGGUCAACCUACGUUCAGAUGCUGGCAGCUUCCGACAAAUUCAGCGAUGUUGAAGAGGCUUUCCGAGCGUUCGAGCGUACUUUCAUGCCCAACUUCCCCGACUGGAAGCGCCUCCAAGUUGGGCAAGGACUCAAGCCGUUGGGUGUGCCGUUCACCAUCCAGCAGCUCGAAGAUCCUCGGCACUUCCCUCCUCCUUCGGAAACUCUAGGCAAAGCCUCAAAAUCGUACUGGAGCAACAUUGAUCCAGGUUUCAUGCAACCCACCUACGUCUCGAUGGUAUACCUAGCUGCCGCGGUGGAUCGCAUUCGAGAUCUCAGCAUUCUGAAAGGCGGCAAAGAACUUGUGCAACUUCAUUCCAUCGCCCCCAAGACGAUUGCGGAAAUUGGCAGGAUGCCUUAUCUUCGUGAUAAGUUCCAAGGUGUGCUACUUCGCCAUCGCUCUCACCAGGCCGACAAAGACGGGCAGAAGCGACCGCGUAGGCAAACUGUGGCGGCAAGUGGUAUUCUGGGCAUUCGCCCUCGCAACCGACAUUUGGGACGGACUCAACAAACGGAGGCACCAGCCUCCCCCACUUUGACAUUGUCUGCUGACGCUGAAGCCGAGAGAACUCGCCAAGCUGUCUUUGGGCCCUCAGAGUCUGACACGCAGGAGGACAUUUUCUCGGUGGAGGACCGGGCUGAUCUCGAAGAUGCCAUCCGCGGCCGUCACACCAGACAUGUAUAUCUCAAGAAGCGGAGGGCUGCUUCCAAGAAAGUUAAACAAGAGCGUGCACCUGCUGCUCAGAAACCAGAGGAGUUGAUAUCGGAGACUAAGCAAGGUGAAUCCGAAGACGAGGCCCCAACUGAGGAGGCCGUUGAGCGCGCUCAGGACGCAGAGGAGACUCCUGAACCAUUAGACGAGAAGACGCGAUGA